CACAGAGGCAUGGCGAACACAAAACGACCUGAGACUUUAUCUCAGUUAUCAAUGGGGACAAAAACUGCACGCCUUGGAGCCUGGCGGGUUUUAUUUAUUUCACUCUUUCAUAUAGCGCAGGCCAAUAAACAAGCGUUCAUCCAGUCAGACACCAUUUUAGAGGUACUACAUUUUGGUGAAGAUGGCCUCCUGGAGACAGAGUCUGCCAUCGACCUUAGUCCAUAUCAUCAAAAAAGUGGAUCCUUCCACAGAGGGAACUUCAGACCUCUACGCUUCGAGCCGCCCAUGCUGGACUUCCAUGAGCAGCCUGUUGGGAUGCCAAAAAUGGAGAAAGUUUAUCUGCACAAUCCCAGCUCGGAAGAAAGCAUCGUUUUAAUAUCAAUAUCAGCAGCGACUGCUCAUUUUCACACGUCUUUUUUCCAGAAUAGGGUCAUUCCACCCGGAGGAAACACAUCGUUCGAUGUUGUUUUUCUAGCGCGAGUAGUAGGCAACGUAGAGAACACUUUAUUUAUUAACACGUCGCACCACGGAGUGUUCACAUACCAGGUGUUUGGCGUGGGCAUUCCUAACCCUUACAGACUACGGCCUUUCGUCGGGGCCAGAGUCCCAGUAAAUGGUAGCGCUUCACCGCAUGCUGACGUCCACGGUCAGCACAGCGAACCGCUGCAGGUGGUGGAGAUGUACUCCAGUGGGGGGGACCUGCACCUGGAGCUGCCCACGAGUCAGCAAGGAGGAGCCCGAAAACUAUGGGAGAUCCCCCCAUUCGAGACGAAGGGUGUGAUUAGGGACGCGGACAACCACACGGCCUUCAUCCGAAUCAAAACCAAUUCCUCCAACGAGGACGAGUUCAUCAUCCUCCCGGUCGAGGUAGAGGUCGCGCCAGCACCUGGUAUAUACUCCUCUACAGAGAUGCUGGACUUUGGUACGCUACGAUCACAAGAUCGACCGAAACAGUUGAAUUUAUAUCUUCUAAAUUCAGGAACAAAAGAUGUGCCAAUUACAAGUGUCCGGCCGACACCGUCAAACGAUGCCAUCACGAUAGACUUCAAGCCUGUCACGCUGAAAGCAGGAGACACUAAAUACACCAAAGUCGCUAGUAUAACUUUCGAUGCAUCAAAACCACGAAAACAGUCUCAGUUUUCUGGCAAAAUAACCGUGAAGGCGAAAGAGAAAAGCUACUCCAAACUUGAAAUCCCAUACCAAGCUGAAGUGUUAGAAGGGUACCUGGGGUUCGACCACACGGCCACCCUGUUCCACAUCAGAGACAGCCCCCCAGACCCUGUGGAGAGACCCAUCAUCCUCACAAACACCUUCAGCUUCGCCAUCCGCAUACACAACAUCUCCCUCCCGGAGGAGGCCAGCACCAUGUUUAAGAUCGAGAACUUCAGCCGGCCAAUCCGAAUCCCCCCCCACGAGGCACGCUGCGUCUUCUCCCUCCGCUUCCGGCCGGUCCGGCCCUCCAUCCACAUCAACAGCAACAUCCUGCUGGUCACCAACGCCUCCCGCUUCCACCUGCCCAUCCGCGCCUACACCGGCUUCCUGGAGACGCUGGUACUUCCUCCCAGCCGGGAGGAGCGCUUCCUGGACUUCGGCGUGCUCAGCGCCUCAGACGCCAGCAGCAUCACCUUCGCCGUCGUCAACAGCAACCCCAUCGAGCUGGAGAUCAAGUCUUGGCUGGUCGCAGGGAGCGGUCUGUCCAUGGAGCUGCUCGGGUACGCCCAGGGGAACGGAACCACGGUGCGGUCCAGGAGCCAAGAACUGCAGAACGCGACCGCGUCCGACCAGAACAGCGUGAUACUGGCCUCGGGAUACUACGCCAUGUUCAGGGUCACGCUCGUGGCAAAGGACCUGGAGGGCAAAUACGACACAGCCAUACACAUUACAACAGAUUACGAGAUCCUAGCGAUACCGGUGAAAGCCGUCGUAGCGGUGGGCACGCUGAUCAGCUCGCCGGAGCGCAUCGUUCUCCCGGUCUCCUUUCCUGGGAGAGCGGUCCACCAGAGCCUCAGCAUCGCCAGCUCCUUCUCACAGAGCGCGAGGCUGCACCACAUGGGCUACCUCACCCAGGACCCGCGCUUCUACCACAAGAGGCUGAGGAGCAGCAAGGACCAGCUGGAGCCCCGGCGCAAGUCGAAGGUUGCAAAUAUAUAUUUUGAUGCACGUUUACAGUGCAGGGGGAGCUGUUAUGCUGGAUUACCAUUUCUGAUGAAGUCUGAGCAUAAAUCACACGGCUUCCUCAUGGUGGAGGACAUAUGGGAUGCCGACGUUGACUUGCAUCAGACUCUUCUGAAAAGGUGGAAGGAGCUGAAGGAGAACUCGCAGCAUGAGGUCGAGGCCGUGUUUGAGGUCAGCGCUGAUCUUCAGAAAAGCGUGCGGGCCAGAAUCACAGCCCAGAUGGCGUGGCCUUCAAUAAUCAACUCCUCGCGUCAGAUCCAGUUCCCUCUCACCAGCAGGCACAGCUUCUCUGAGGAGGAGGUGAUCCUGGAAAACCCAGCGGACGUACCAGUCUAUGUUCAGGUCCUCCCGUUAGCUCUGUAUCCCAACCCCUCUGUCUUUACAGAGAAACUGGCUAACAGGCUCUCUUUGGGAACAUCCUCCAACAUCAGCACCAACACCCUGGAGUUCCAGGUUCACCGAAACCAAACGUCCUUCAUUAAGAGUGCCUCUGGGUUUGUGGAGGGACCGGCACGCCCUUUUGUUUACAAUCUCCUGCUGUUGCCUGGAGAGGCGAAGUCCUUCACCGUGAAGUUCACUCCUGUCAGCAACCACGCUGUCACCUCCCUCCUCAUCGUCAGGAAUAACCUGACAGUGGUGGACUGGGUGGUGGUGCAAGGCCAGGGCGCCUCUGAAAGCCUGAAGAUUGCUGGCAAGGCCCCAGGCCCUGGAAGCUCUCUGAGGUUCAAGAUGACCGAGGCCCUUUUGAAGGACUGCUCAGAGAAAGGUAAAUCAAAGGAGCCAAACUUCACCCUCAGAAGAACGUUCAAAGUUGAAAACACGGGACAGCUUCCGAUUUACAUCCAGUCCACUGAAAUCAGCGGACACCCCUGUGAAGGAUAUGGGUUCAAAGUUCUCAACUGUGAAGAAUUUGCACUUAAACCAAACGCUUCAAAAGAAAUAGUCAUACUGUUUACACCCGAUUUCACCACCUCUCGGGUGCUCCGGGAGCUGAAGCUGGUGACGGCGGGCGGCUCGGCCUUCGCGUUCGUCCUGAACGCCUCGCUGCCCUACCACAUGCUGGCAGCCUGCACGGAGGCCCUGCCCCGCCCAAACUGGGAGCUGGAGCUCUACAUCAUCAUCUCUGUCAUCAUGAGCUCCAUGUUCCUGUUGGUGAUAGCAACGGCCUACCUGGAGGCCCAGGGGAUCUGGGAGCCCUUUAAGAGGCGCCUCUGUUUGGAGCCUUCCAGCGCUCCCAUGGAGACCGGGAGACCCUUUGAUCUCAGGGAAAUUGUACGAAUUCAAACUGAUGCAAACUUGAAUGAAUACAGCGACUCAAACCGCAGCUCAGCGCGGGGAAUGUACAGUUCGGGCAGCUUUUCGUCGCGGGGAGGCGGUGCCAGGCAGCAGCUCCACCCACCCGACAGCCAGAGGUCCAAGAUGGGCUACAGCAGGGCGGCUACGGGGGCUCCGCCCACAGGCUCAGAGGGGGCGGCGGCCCAGUGCCAGCUGACCAGUCGGAAGGCACGCAGCUGCAAGCAGCAGCACCAGCAGGGCCCUGGCCCGCUGGAGCAUCAGCACCACAUACCAGCAGUGCCUCCGCAGUUGCAGAAAGCCCAGUCCGAGUGCAGGAGCCACGCCCGCCACAGCUCCGAGGACUCGGACUACACCAGCCUGGUGGAGGCCAUGGACAAGGACCUGGAGCGUCCCGAGCGGCCAGAGUCGCCCCCCAUGGAGGUGUUCCAGGAACCAGAGGAGUGCCCCGCCACGCAGGGCAAAGCAGGUGCGGCGAAAGGGAAGGUCCAGCGCAAGUCGAAAGCACAGAGGAAGCGGGAGGAGAGGGAACGCAAAGCGAGGGGGAAGCCGCCGGGGGAGGAGCCGAAGGACGCGCUGGUCGACAACGAAGACAGCUCCUCCACCACCACUGAGACCUCCAACCCCGACACGGAGGUCAGCCUCAAAGAGGAGCCAGUGAAGAAGAAAGGCAGACCUUUCAUGCUGGAUAAAGAGAGAGAGGAGGCUCCGGUGUUCCAUUCAAAACCCAAUAACAAGAAACUGGGUAACACAAAGAAGGACCAAGCUGAUUUGAAAUCCAGCCACUCAUUGGAGCUGCCAUACGUCACCCCCCUGGAAAACAAACAGCGCAAGAGCUUGACAUCAAAAAGCCUCACGCAUCCAGUGCUCACAGGCAGCCACAAAGCGAGGAAUUUUCAGAAACAGAAAGGGCACUGUGGGAUGCUGGAGGACUGCCGCCCCUCUCCUCAGGUGAACUCUCUAUCCAGCGGUUUGGGUCAGGAGCUGGGGAUCAACAGCAGCUCUGAGGGGGAGAAGGACUCCUCUCCGCCAGAGUGGGAGUCUGUGCCCCUCCAUAAAGCCCACAGCUCUGCAGACAGCCUGCAGCAGAUCUCCAUGCAGACCUUGAACGCAGAUGCCUUUCUGAAGAGACCCAUCUCGGCCAUCUCCAGGUCCUGCUCCUCGCCCCCCACUGCCCUCACUCAGGAGCCACGGGGACCGUACAGCGGCACGCUAAGUGCUAACAGUGAAACUGGAUUACAGAGGGUGGGCGGAAACAAGAAUAAGCUGAUGAAAUCGACCUCUCUGCCCGGCAGAAAUGGGAAUCCUACCUUUGCAGCUGUGGCUGCAGGUUAUGACAAAAGCCCAGGUGGCAGCGGUCCUGCGGUGGGAUCAGCCAGCAAGGUCGAACCCCUGGGGAGGACGAACCAUCCUUACAUGGCUUCCUUUGAGAGUGGCACUUCAGACAGUUCUGCAUUAUGGAGCAAUACCGAAAGCACCAGCAUGGACUUCAAGCCUCUCAACUCCUUCUCUGCCUUCGGACCCAACAACAACUUCAACCUGUCCAGAGUUGUCAGGAACGCCUUCCCCAAGAACCAGGAGGCCCAGCAGAACUGGCCAAAGUUUGGCCCGGUGUCCUCCGGCUGGGAUGCCCCCAGCAGCAAUGCCUUGCACUCCUGGCCCACAAGUUCUGGUUCCCCAACAGCUCCCACCCCGUCCAUCCUUUGCAACACCAGCAGCCUCUGGUCGGCCCCCACUCCAUUCAGCAGCUCUAUCUGGUCCACUAGUGUGGACAGCGGCCUACACUCCUUAACUCCGCCCACCACUGCCCCUCUCACCAAUCUGAUUGGCAACAACAACAGCUGCCCUGCACCAGCCCAGCCCACCCCCACCACCACCACCAAUCAGAUCAGCCACACCUAUGACCCCUGGAACAUGUGGGGCCCAACCUUGAGCAGGAGGAGCUCCGAGCCUUGGCCCAACCACUCGAAGAACAACAAUGAAUGAACGAGUUUUGUCCCUUCCAGAUAAGAAGUGUACACCAUGCACACCUUUUCUGUUUGUUUGGUUGAUUUUAAUGGGGAAUUUUUACGCUAAAACAAAUGUUUUUAAUGCUUCAUGUUAGCCAAUAGUACACAGUUAAGAACUUUUAUAAGGCACCCUCAAACCACAAUUUUCAAACAGCCACUGUUAAACUCAACAGGAGUACAGAGGUUAUGUAAUCCUGCUUUUCAUUCAUUUUUUAAAAAAUUGUUUUUAACAGCAGCAAUGCCCAGUUCAGCCAAGGAAAAAAAUUAAUAUGGAAUGAUAUUGCCCUCAUAGGGAUAUUUUUAUUAUUUUAAUGUUUCCCCUGAAGUAAUACUGCAUUGUUUUGGUGUUGCACAAUACAGUAUUACUCAAGCAAGCACUUUGUGUAACGUUCAGAAAUUGUCCAGAGAGUGGUUGAAGAGUUGCAAUAAAAUUACAGCAUAUGUUGGUUGUACGUUAAGUUAUAAGUGGGUAAACUUGAAUUGUGGAUACGGAAAUUAUCAGGAAUGUGUAUCCCUUUAUUGCCAGUCUUGGUGUUGGGAUCACCAUAAGCCUGACUUUACUGGCAUUAAUCUGUUCCAGCAGAUUGAAAU